AUGUGUGACGCCUCUGUCAGUUGGGUCGGCUGGUAUCGGCUUUACCUUAAUGACCAGAGCACUCGAAUGGCAGAAUCAUGUGUUGCAGUGAAUAGAUGUGGUACUGAUAUUCCACUGUGGCUAAGUGGUGGACACCCAAAACCAGAGGAUGGAGUGGUCACCAGAGAUGUUUGUGGCCACUCGUACAGUUUCUGCUGCUUUUUUCAGUCAAAUCCAAUUAGAGUCAAAGCCUGCACAGGUGGUUAUUAUGUCUAUGAGCUUGUUACACCAACUGUAUGCAAUAGGGCAUACUGUGCAGAUGACCUCUCUUCUGACCCAUGCUCUAACUACCUUGUGCUGGAUGAUCCAAGAAGAUCCACUAGCUAUCCUAACACCUCCCUCUUUGACGCCUCUGAUGAUCAGCAGAGGGAUCUGUUGAAUGUGUUUGUGAUCGUGGGUCUGGCGUUUACUAGUUUGGCUCUGUUGACUUUUGCUUUCUGUCGAUGGAAACCUGGAGUGAACAAUGUAGCUCGAAUCAACCUCUGCAUCAGUCUGCUGUCUGCUCAUCUUCUGUUCUUACUCACACAACAAUUCAUCAAUCUCAUAAAACCAUACAAGGAGUUGUGUGCUGUGAUAUCAGGCGUUCUUCACUUCUUCUUUCUCUCCUACUUUGUGUGGAUGUUCAUUGAAGCUGUGCUGCUCUUCAUCUGUGUGAAGAACCUAUCACAGAUCAGCUCCAGAUGGAGGGCGAUGCUUAGCAGUAGAUUCUUGAUUGUGAUUGGAUAUGUGAUUCCUUUCAUUAUAGUAAGAGUGUCUGUUGGACUGGUUUCUGAAGGCUAUGGCAGUGAACAAUGCUGGAUAAAAGUGGAAAGAGGCUUCAUCUGGAGUUUUCUGGGACCUGUUUGCUUCAUUCUUGCAAUAAACACGAUUCUCUUCAUCAGUAUCAUCAUCAGUCUGCACUUAACUCUCAAAAAGCUCAACACUGAAGUUUCACACAUGAGACAAACCAAGAUUACGGUUUUUAAAACUCUGGCUCAGUUUGUGAUUUUUGGUUGUCCUUGGAUUCUGGGUCCCUUCAUUGACAGCAAAGUGGUGAAGAUUCUCUUCUUGAUCCUGAACUCACAGCAAGGAACCUUCAUCUUUCUGGUCUACUGUGUUCUUAAUAAUGAGGUCAGACAGCAGUAUGUGAAGUGGUUAAGAAAUCUCUUUUCUGGACUCAAACCCAGAACCAUCAAAAGUGGCUCCAACAACACUGCGGACUAGAUCAAAUUAAUGACUUAUUCAUUCAGUUUUUAGAUUUUAUAUAACAAACUCUUAUUAAAUGUCAGCUGUCAGUACUUAUAACUGUCAGUACUUCUUUCUGGGUGAAUGUCAUGUUUUGAAUUUUAAUGUUUUAAAUGCUUUAAGAAACAUGCUGUGCAAAAUAUGAGAUAUGUUGGUAUUUUACGACGGUGAAAAAAAAGUCGUGCAAUGACAGAUAAAAUAGAUUUUCUAGUCUUUCACCUUAUUGAUAAAAUUAUUUUUUUUCUUUCAUAUUAAAGGAACAGUAUGUAAGAAAUUUAUAUCAAUUAAUCAUAAAAUGGCCCUGAUAUGUCACUAGACAUUAAGAAAUCAUUUUCAUUUCAAAUACUUGUAUCACUCACAACAGUGGUGUGGCCAGGAUAGUGUCAUUUAAAAAGUGGAGUUGAAGCCCUCAACUGAUGUUUAUGUUGUC